AUGUCGGAAACAGAGUCAACAGAAAAGCCAAGAGAGCUUGUUGACGAAGAAAAAGUCGAGCAAACUCAGCAAGAGUCUGUCGAAAUUCCAAAGAGUAGCGGUGAUGCAAGUCUUGAAAGUCAUCCCACAGAGGAGCGAAAAGAAUCUCAGCAACAACCGGAAGCUCCUAAGAAGCCAGAAGAGAUCCAAAUGUACGGUGAUAAGUUCACACUCCUGAUUGAUCCAGACCCGUCUACAGCCUCGCUUUUCCAGCUUCAGAUGACUCGCUGCGUGGACAAAACUGUCAAGCUUCAUUCACUCGCUCGCGAAGCUGAUAAACUCAUCAAGGCGGAGAAAGCCGCUGGAGAAGCGAUGGGAAAGCUCGGAGUCGAGUAUGGAGACAGUGAUUUGAAGAUACUGGCUGAUUUCGCUUCUGUUAGAACGAUCGGCGCGAUGAAGUUAGAAGAUGGAUUGCAGCAAGCGAUGUCGAGGUUGAAAACGUUAAAUAUUGCCAUUCAGGCUGCACAUGAAGCGGAUCUCGAGCACGAACAGGCUAUCGUUAGUCACUUGAAAAAUGCAGAUACUGGUCGAGUUGUGAUCUCCCGUGGACGAGCUCAUCAGACUAAACUUGAAGCUCUUGUUGCUUGUGCUCAGCUAUCCGGCUUUCAGGCGGAGUUCCGUAACUCACUCGGCCAAUAUGUUGGUGCGAUUUCAGCAGACGCGUUGAUCGAAGAAGUCGAUGUCCAAAAUUCUAUCAAGAGAGCAAAUUUACUGAAUCAAGCGGUCCUUGCAGCUUUGCAGGGCGCUCAUUACACCCUUGGACCGGGUCUAAACGGGCCUCCAAGGGGAUGGCUCAACUUUCGGACAAGGGGCUUGCCGUUUAGCCAGUGGCAGAGAAUGUUCUUCUUUAUCCAAGAUGGGCAUUUGAUGAGACAGACGAAAGAUGAAAUUAGUGCGACUUUGUUCAUGGAUUUUAAAGGAGCCAAAGUCGAGAGUUGUCAAGUGGACGAUCGAGCAAACACUUUCCUUGUUACAUCCCCAUCAGGAAAAUACUACUUCCAGGCGGAAAGCUUCGAGGCCGGCGACGCAUGGAUCGCAACGAUUGAUAGCCUCAUUAUGGCCGUUCAAGGAGUUGAGCAGGUCUCACCCGAAGUCGCCGCUCAGCUGACUCGCGGCCGUGCUGGCUCACAAUCCGACUGGGUCACCAAUAUCACUGGUAAUCUGAAGAAUGCCUUUUCAAGCCUGAAAACGUCGGCCGCUCAAAUCGCCGAUAAGAUUGAUGCCCCGCUGAGCCCGCCAGCGGAGCGACAGAGUCAAACACGCUCGCCUGAGAUCGACCCAUCCAUUGUCGAGGAAAUUUCUUGGGACUAUCCGGAGCCGAUUGAGCAUGAACCCAUCAGUGAUGGGAAAAAUAUAGAGUGCAGGCUGCUUGGAAUUAGGCAUUGCGGUUUGGAAGCUGCAGAAGACGUGGCAAAGAGCAUACAAACCGCCAGAGCUCAAUUCAGGGUUCCAUCUCCGCCUCUAGCGCGAUUAACGAUCAAAGCUCCAGCACUUUCGCUCUCGCCCGUGAAUGAGCCAGAGAAAUCAACCUUGACAAAUGUGAUUAAACUUAUCCCCCUCGGCGGGGACAUUGCAGGGAUCCUAGUUGACCGGGACGACCACGCCGAACUCUGGCUUCUUCAAGGGCUCGAUUUGAACAUUCGUCUUCAAGAAAUCCUUCAAUAA